AUGAACAGAGGCAGAGGAGCACCCCGUGAAGGGCCUACCAGACAACAAAUAAUGCAAAGCAUACUGGAGCUACAAAGGCAGAAUGAGGAGAUUAGGAUGAAGGCGGAGACUGAUCAGGCUCAGCUUGAAAAGGAGAGAGAGGAAACUCGCAAGAAAGCAGAAGAAGACUUACAGGUGUUAAGGGAAGAAGCUUUGGGAGAAAGAGAGAGAUUGCGGAAAGAUGCAGAGGAAACGCAUCAGCGUUUGGAAGAAGCACUGCGACAGCAAGAACAGUUGCGGAAGGCAAACGAAGAUAUGCAAAGCAGAUUGGAGUCUGCCAGGCCUGGUUUCCGUUAUCCAUCUCGGCUUAAUUCCGACGUGAGCGAUACCAAUCCUUUGGUAGAUGCGAUCAUGAGCGAGCCGAUCCCACAGAAUUUCGUAAUUCCCAAAAUCACGCCUUUCACAGGGAAUUCCGAUCCAGAAUUGCAUCUAAAAGCUUUCCAGGCUCGGAUGAUGAUAUCAGGUGGCAAUGAUGCCGUACGUUGCAAAAUGUUUGUGGGCACACUGACAGAAAUUGCCCUAAAGUGGUUUAACACUAUACCUAAUUCGUCCAUCAGCUCCUUCCAUGACUUCAAGCGUCUUUUCCUGGAGAGAUUCUCAGCAAAUAGAGCCAAACCAGUGGAGAUGGCAGACAUGUUCGAUAUAAGGCAAACCGCCGAAGAGACGUUAAAGCAAUUUCUUAAUCGAUUCACCAAUAUCAGCAUGAGGCUGAUAGACCCUAACGAGGGUUUGCUGGUAAAAACCUUUAUGAAAGGACUUCGAGCCAGCUCGUUCGGUGAGUCCCUGUACCGAUAUCCGCCGAAAAGCCUUACAGAGAUAAGACAAAGGGCGGCUGUGGAGAUAGAGACUGAGGAAGCCAUGCGCCACAAAAAGUUAGGAGACAAAAAACCGGUGACUCAUUCCAGGAGUGAAAGAGAUAUGAGACCUUAUCGAAGAGAAAGGACGCCUCCCAAAAUGAAAACAGAUCGGCGUUUUGUCCCUUAUGUGGCACAACGGAGGACCGAUUGUCCGCAAGGGCAAAGAAUACCGAAUCUCAAGGUGCCGAUGGCCCAAGUCUUGGAGGAUGUGGAGGUAACUAGACAUUUGCGCUAUCCUGACGUCGCGGGGAGAACACUCGGUAAUAGAUUGGAUGCUUGGUGUGAGUUUCACCAAACCAGAGGCCAUGACACCAACUACUGUUAUGGUUUACGUUAUCAACUUUCUGUUUUGGCAAACCGGGGACUCCUGGCAAAAUUCAUGAAGUCGGGUGCUGAUGAGAAAUCACCUGAGAUCCGCAUGGCUCCCGAUAUACAUGAGACACCCAUUUUGGGGGAUUUCAAUACAAUAGCAGGAGGUUUUGCGGGAGGAGGCUCGACCAGCUCGGCCAGGAAACGAUAUGUAAGGAGUGUCAUAACCACAGCCACGAUGGACAAGCCAAGGCAAGCUCCCGACAUAACAUUUUCAAAUGAUGAUUUGAAAGGGGUAAUCCCACAUGAAGAUGAUCCCAUAGUGGUCUCGGUGAUUAUGAUGGGAAAGAAUGUCCACAGGGUGCUGAUUGAUCAGGGGAGUUCUGCUGACGUGAUGUUUUGGAGUACUUUCGUAGGCUUACAAAUACCGAUAGAUCAAUUGAAACCAUUUGAUGGAGUGCUUGUCGGUUUUUCUGGAGAUCAAGUGGAGGUUAAAGGAUAUGUUGAUCUCAGAACAACUUUCAAAGACAAGGAAGAUGCAAAGACCGUAUUUAUACGCUACAUAGUAGUUAAUACCCCUUCAUCAUACAAUUUGCUGUUGGGAAGGCCUUCUCUCAAUAAGUUAAGGGCUGUGAUAUCAACAAUACACUUAAAGAUGAAAUUUCCCUCGGAGGAGGGGAAAGACAGUCUGAGGUUAAGGAGAAAAGUAGCAUACUCAGUGAGCACAGCUGGAGUAGUAUUGGAUCCUGAGUUAGAUCCAAGAUUGGUGCACUCUGAGAGAAGGCCUCAGCCUGUGGGAGAGGUGAAGGAGGUACUUAUAGAUGGGAAGAAGUUGAGAAUUGGGGGUGAUCUGAGUCAGGAGCAAGAACAACAGCUCAUCCAAGUGCUGAAGAGGAAUCUUUCUUCAUUCGCUUGGAGUGUGACUGAUAUGUCGGGGAUUGAUCCCGACUUUCUAUGCCACAAGCUUAAUAUUAACCCAUUGGCUAAGCCUAAAGUUCAGAAGCGUAGGCGGUUGAGCGGAGACCGAGCUCAGGCAGCUACUGAGGAGAUACAUAAAUUAUUAGAAGCGGCUCAUAUCCGAGAGAUACAAUAUCCGACCUGGUUAGCAAAUGUAGUGAUGGUGAAGAAGUCCAAUGGGAGAUGGAGGAUGUGUGUGGAUUUCACGGAUUUGAACAAUGCCUGCCCAAAGGAUUCGUAUCCUUUGCCUAAUAUAGAUGCACUAGUUGAUAGCGCAUCGGGCUGUGCUUUGCUAAGUUUUUUAGAUGCUUAUUCGGGCUAUAAUCAAAUCAAGAUGCACUGGUCAGAUGAAGAUAAGACGGCGUUUAUGGGAGGAACAACGAAUUAUUGUUAUCGAGUAAUGCCGUUUGGGUUAAAAAAUGCGGGAGCUACUUAUCAGAGACUGAUGGAUCGGAUCUUAGCGCCUAUGUUGGGAAGAAAUGUUCAUGCGUAUGUGGACGACAUGGUGGUCACCUCGGUGGAAGAGAGGAAGCAUGAGGAGGAUUUGGAGGAAUUAUUUGUUACUAUUAGCAAGUACAGACUUAAGCUCAAUCCCGAGAAGUGUGCUUUUGGGGUUAAAGCUGGAAAGUUUCUGGGUUUUCUACUCACCGAGAGGGGGAUAGAAGCCAAUCCUGAUAAAUGUGCAGCUAUUAUAAAUAUGAGGAGUCCUAGUAACGUAAAGGAGGUACAAAGGCUGACGGGGAGAAUGGCGGCCUUGUCUCGUUUUCUUGCCAAAAGUGGGGAUCGGGGUUUUCCUUACUUUCAAUGUUUGAAGAAGAAUGAGCGAUUUCAAUGGACUGAUCGGUGUGAGGAGGCAUUCCAAAAAUUGAAAGAAUAUAUGAGCAAACCGCCGGUGUUGUGUAAGCCGGAAAAAGGUGCUGAGUUGUCCUUAUACAUAUCGGUAACCGAACAUGCUGUUAGCUCGGUUUUAGUCAGAGAGAGUGAUGGGGACCAGAAACCAGUGUAUUUUGUGAGCAAAGUGCUCUAUGGUGCCGAGGUGAGGUAUCCCACUAUAGAGAAAGCCGCAUUGGCAGUGGUUGUUUCAGCUCGGCGUCUGAGACAUUAUUUUCAGAAUCAUGGUGUCAAAGUGAUGACGGAUCUUCCCAUUAGGUACAUCUUGCAAAAACCUGAUAUAUCAGGCAGGUUGGUUAAAUGGGCGAUAGAGCUGUCAGAGUAUGGACUACAGUAUGAGUCACGAGGGCCAAUCAAGGCCCAGUUCUUAGCUGAUUUUGUGGUGGAAUUGUCUGAGCCGCCUGUGGAGAAUCAGGGUGUAGGGGAGAUAAUGUGGAUAUUGUCAGUGGAUGGAGCUUCUAAUUUAAGGGGUAGUGGCGCUGGUAUCGUUUUGGAAGGGCCGGAAGGGGUACUAAUUGAACAAUCCCUGAGGUUUGCUUUCAAAGCUAGUAAUAAUCAAGCGGAGUAUGAGGCUUUGAUAGCUGGUAUGCUUCUAGCUAAAGAGAUGGGGAUCACCAGAUUGUUGGUUAAAAGUGACUCUGCAUUGGUGGCAGGUCAGGUAAAUGGAGAAUUUCAAGCUCGCGAUCCGCAAUUGGCUAAGUAUUUGGGAGUUGUUCAAGCUAUUGCGAAGAACUUCGUUCUCUUUGAAUUCGUGCAUGUUCCGAGAGAGCAGAAUUCCCGAGCUGAUUUGUUAUCCAAGUUGGCUAGUUGUUCGAAACCGGGGCAACAUAAAUCAGUGAUAAGGGAAACAUUAAUAGCUCCUCGGAUUGACGCGCAGGAAAAACAUCAAGUGCUGGAGAUUUUGGCAACCGAAGAAUCUUGGAUGGCACCUUUUAAGAGUUAUCUUGCGGAUGGUAAAUUACCUAAGGAUUCCAACGAAUCACAGAAGAUAAAGAAAAACUCAAGCAGAUAUACACUGAUAGAUGGUCACUUAUUUAGAUAUGGGUAUUCCAGACCUUUGUUGAUUUGCGUGGGAAGGAAGGAAGCAGAUCGGCUUAUGGCCGAGCUCCAUGAGGGAAUUUGUGGGAGUCAUGUAGGGGGAAGAGCAUUGAUGCUGCGAACAAUCCGAGGAGGGUUCUUCUGGCCUACUAUGAAAAGUGAUUGUAUAGAGUACAUCAGGAAAUGUGAAUCAUGUCAGAAACAUGCCGAUUGGAGUCGUGCUCCGCCAGAGAUACUGCACUCUAUUAGUACACCUUGGCCUUUUCACACUUGGGGAAUAGACAUCUUAGGUCCGUUUCCCAAGGCGGUGAGGCAAUUCAAGUUUUUGAUCGUGGCUGUAGAAUAUUUUACGAAGUGGAUUGAAGCUGAGCCGGUGAAGCAGUUGUGCGCGGAAAUAGGGAUUAAACAGGUCUUCUCGUCGGUAGAGCAUCCUCAGAUAAAUGGGCAGGCGGAAGCAGCUAAUAGGGUGAUAUUAAGGGGAUUGAAGCGGAGAUUGGCGGCGACAAAGGGGGAAUGGCCAAAUGAGAUACCUCGGGUGCUGUGGGCUUAUCAUACUACUCCUCAGACGACUACCCGAGAGACUCCCUUUUCUCUGGUAUAUGGUACUGAUGCAAUGGUUCCAAUUGAGGUCAUGGAAAACACUGGGAGAGCGAGGUUGUUUGAUGAGGAGAUUUCUGAGGUUGGUUUGCGGGCAAACCUUGACGUUAUAGAUGAGGUUCGGGAUUUGGCUCAGAUUUCUAAUGAGGCAAUGAAGAGAAGGUUAGAGCGAAGGUACAAGACUAAGGUGGUACCUCGGAAGUUCCAAGAACAAGAUCUGGUAUUGAGGAAAGCGCAAUUAAUUCAGAUGGAUAGCAAAUUGGCCCCGAAGUGGACUGGGCCCUAUCGUGUUAGACAAGUGUUGGGAGAAGGAGCUUAUAAAUUGGAGACCUUAGAGGGGAAGGAAAUUCCGCGAACAUGGAAUGCGGCUAAUUUACGUUUUUAUUUUAGUUGA